AUGUCGAGCAAGCUGAAGAAGGCGAUCGGCGCCGUGAAGGACCAAACCAGCAUCAGCCUGGCAAAAGUGUCGUCGAGCGGCAGCGGCGGCAACGCCCUGGAGGUCUCCGUCUUGAAGGCCACUUCCCACGACCCUUCCGUCCCCCUCGACUGCAAGCACGCCCUCGAGAUCCUCCGCCUCGUCUCCUCCAGCAAAUCCCACGCCGCCGCCGCCGCCCGCGCCCUCGGCAAACGCAUCGGCCGCACUCGCAACUGGGUCGUCGCCCUCAAAUCCCUCCUCCUCAUCCUCCGCAUCUUCCAAGACGGCGACCCUUACUUCCCCCGCGAAGUCCUCCACGCCAUGAAGCGCGGCGCCCGCAUCCUCAACCUCUCCUCCUUCCGCGACGACUCCUCCUCCUCCUCCCCCUGGGACUUCACCUCCUUCGUCCGCACCUUCGCUCUCUACCUCGACGAGCGCCUCGACUGCUUCCUCACCGGCAAACUCCAACGCCGAUCCAACCACCACCACGACCACCGCACCAAAAACCGCGAACCGAACGAGCCCGUGCGCGACAUGAAACCCGCCAUGCUCCUCGACCGCAUGUCCCACUGGCAACGCCUCCUCGACCGAGCCAUCGCCACGCGGCCAACUGGCGCCGCGCGGGUCGACCCGCUUGUCCGCGCGGCCCUCCACGCGAUCGUGCGCGAGAGCUUCGACCUCUACCGCGACGUCUCGGACGGCCUCUCCCUCGUCCUCGACAGCUUCUUCCACCUUCAAUACCAAAACUGCGUGGCGGCCUUCCACGCCUGCGUGAAGGCCGUCAGGCAGUUUCCGGAGCUUUCCGCGUUUUAUUCCUUAUGCAAAAGCCUCGACGUCGGACGGAGCUCCGAGUACCCGAGCGUCCAGGUCGUCUCCGACGAGCUCGUCGAGACGCUCGGGGAAUUUCUCAAGGACCAGUCGUCGUUCUCGUUCGGGCCACCGCCGCCGCCGGUAGUUCUCCGGCCGCCGCCGCCGCCGGAGGGCGGCUCGUCGCUGGAGGAGCUGAUACGCGCGACAGAGACGACGGUGGGAUCGGUGGGGCCCGCGAUAUCGAUCGAGCUCGAGACGUACCCGACGGAUGACGCGUUUGGGCCGAGCGACACGGGGUCGAGCAGAUCGUUGCCCGCCACGUCAUCGAUCGUGGACCUCAUGUCGCUCGGGGAUUGGGCGGAGGAACAGGAUAGUUGGGAGGUUGUGUUGGCAGAGACGACGUCGUCGUCGGUCGUGUCGACGUCUCGGGAGGAAAUGGCGGACGAGCAUUACGUUAACCCGUUUCUGGUGGAUCAUCAUGAUGAUGACCCGUUUGAAUUGACGGCACAAGUGGUGGCUGUGCCGACUUUCCAGGUACGGAGUAUGGGUGGGGACGACCCGUUUGGGGAGAAGAACGGCGGGGAUGAUCUGUUUGGGGAAUUUACAGCAAUGGACCAGCAGAGCUUGAAGCAGCAACAAGAGAUGUGGUUGCAGAACCAAAACAAGAUUAUAGCUAAAAAUUGGAGUUGA